AUGUCGAAUGCAAAAAGUGCAGUAGGACGUUCUUUAGUUAAAAAACGUUUUGCUAAUAAACAUCGUAACCGAGCUGGAGAAGAAUGGAUGUAUCAAAAAGCUGAUUUUACUACGACGACUGAUUGGAAUCGACUUAAUCUACGAUCCAUAACAGAUCAAAAUUCUUUAGAUGACUUUUUAAGUACUGCUCAAUUAGCUGGCACUGAUUUUGCAGCAGAACGAUUAAAUGUAACGUUUAUUCCAGCUGUAGCAAAAGUUGGAAUUUUAACUAGUGAAGAUAAAGAACGUAUAAAAGAAGUACAAAAAUUACAUGUUGAUAAAUUAGGUAUUCCACGACGACCAGCGUGGACUUCUAAUAUGAGCGCCGAACAAAUCGAUCUACAAGAACGUACGAGUUUUCUUGAUUGGAGACGACGAUUAGCUUUGUUACAAGAAAUCGAUGAUUUAACAUUAACACCAUUCGAAAAAAAUCUUGAAUUUUGGCGACAAUUAUGGAGAGUUAUCGAAAAAAGUGAUGUUAUUGUUCAAAUCGUUGAUGCUCGAAAUCCGCUAUUAUUUCGGUGUGAAGAUCUUGAAAAUUAUGUUCGUGAAUUAUCACCAGAUAAUAAAAAAGUUAAUGUAAUUCUUGUUAAUAAAGCUGAUUUAUUAACUGAUGAACAACGACAAAUAUGGGCAACUUAUUUUGAUAAACAUAAUAUUCGUGUAAUUUUCUAUUCAGCUUUACAAUCAGCUCCAUCUACAAAAUCUACAAAAACAAGAAAUGAUUCAGAAGAUCUAGAUGAUACUGAUAGAGUUCUUGAAGAUAUUAAACGAAAUCAAUCCAAAGCUAAUUAUAAUGAUGAUAAUUUUGAAAUAACAAAAUCGCCUGGUCCAUUAAACAGAUUCGACGCUCUUCAAUUAGAAGAUGAAAAUGAUGAAAAACAAAAAGCAGAAAUCAAUAUCAAUGAUGACGAUAUUCCAUCUCUUGGUAAUGAAGAAGAAUAUGAUGAUGAUGAUGAUGAUGAUGAAGAAGAAGAAGAAGAAUCCGAAGAAGAUAACGCUAAUGAAAAUGAAGAUUUAAUUGAAACAAUACGUGAUGAAAUUUUUGCACAUGGACAAUCUAAAGAAACAAAACCGAAAAAUUUAUCACUAGUUGUUAAUCGAGAAGAAUUAAUAUAUUUACUUAAAUCUUUAUAUGUUCAUAAAACAACUACUCGAGAAAAUAUUCUAACUAUUGGAAUGGUUGGAUAUCCAAAUGUUGGUAAAAGUUCAACAAUUAAUUCUUUAUUACAAUAUAAAAAAGUAUCUGUAUCAGCAACACCUGGAAAAACCAAACAUUUUCAAACGAUUUUUCUUGAGAAAGAACUUAUGCUAUGUGAUUGUCCUGGUCUUGUUUUUCCAUCAUUUGUUUCAACAAAAGAUGAAUUAAUUGUUAAUGGAAUUUUAUCUAUUGAUCAAAUGCGAGAUUAUAUUGCUUAUUUUGUUUUGAGUUUAUCCUUAACUCUAUAUACACAAGGAGAAGAUGAAAAUCGACCACCAACAGCUGUAGAAUUAUGUGCUACAUAUGCCUAUCGACGAGGUUUUAUGACUCAUAAAGGUAUUCCUGAUGGAAGUCGAGCAGCUCGUCUACUUCUAAAAGAUUAUAUUAAUGGAAAACUUUUAUAUUGUUAUCCACCACCUGGUUAUGAUUCAGAAGAAUUUCAACAGUAUGCUGCGCAUUAUGGUCUUACUAGCGAUGAUGAUGACGAUGAUGAUGAUGAAACAAACAAUGAAGAAAAUAAAUCAAAUGAAACAACAUCAAAACCAUCAAAGUUUCAACCAUCCGAUGUCGAUCGACAAUUUUUUCAACCAACUGAUAUACGUUUUGGUAGUAAAGGUAUACAUGGUCGAUUAAAUUAUACAAGAAAAAAUGGUCCAAUACAAGCAGGUGAAACUACGAAUGAUUCAACAAAUCAAUCUCCAGAUGGAAAACCAUGGAAAAAACAUAAUAAUCGUAAAAAAAAAGAAAAAUUAAGACGUUUGUAUGGACAUCUUGAUGCUUAA